UACAGCUGAUUGUUAUUGUCAAAGUACUUCCGGGUACAAGUGCAGAGACGCGUCUGCAGCUAAUCUCUCUUAAUUCAUAACCACUUUAGUUUUUAAUCAUGUACCACCAACCCGUGCUGAAAAACAGACGGACUCUACUGGAGCGAGCGGAGAAGUUUAUCUCCGAUAUAUAUUUCACAGACUGCAAUCUUAGAGGAAGACUGUUUGGAGACACUCAUCCUCUUGAAUCCAUCUCUGUGUUCCUGUCGGAGAAGCGUAUUCCUUAUUCAGAGGCCGUCCAACAAAACUUCCAGCCAUGUAAAGUUGGUGACACAUUCGGGCCCACAUGGUGGACGUGCUGGUUCAAAGUGGUCUUGAAGAUCCCCGAGGCCUGGAGAGGGAAGGAGGUGCACCUGAGAUGGGAGAGCGAUGGAGAGGGAAUGGUGUGGCGGGAUCAACAACCAGUCCAGGGUUUGACCACAGAAGGUGAGAAGACCAGUUAUGUUCUGACCGAGUGCUUGAAGGACAGUGAACCUCAUGGGCAUGUGGAAAUCUGCAUUACCCUGUACGUGGAACUUGCAUGUAAUGGACUUUUUGGAGCCGGGCGAGGUUCCAUGAUCGCCGCCCCCGACCCAAACAGGAAGUUCACUCUCCAGAAGGCAGAGCUUGUUGUUUUCAAUCGAGACGUCCGAGAGCUUCUCACUGACUUUGAGAUGCUAGUGGAUAUUGUCAAGAUACUAGGAGAAGGAGAGCAGCGCGGGUUCCAGGCCUUGUUUACAGCCAAUGAGAUGGUGAAUCUGUGCGAUCCAGCCAAUCCCACUUCAUUUGCUGCUGCUCGGAGUCUAGCUCAUAAGUAUUUUCAACGGUAGGGAAACAUUACAAAUAUUAGAUCAUGUUGGAUGUUUUCAAUCCCCUCCUCAGCUUGGCUGUGGCCAUAUGAAGAGACAAUCAGGAAGUGUGCUCGCAGCUGGGUCACUGUGAUCAGACUGAUGGAGAAGAACCCAGAGUUUGUCUUUACAUGCUCACAAGCACAGCAGUUCCAGUGGGUGAAGAGCUUGUACCCGAGCCUGUUCUCAGACAUAAAGCAAUUUGUGCAGAAAGGCCAGUUUAUUCCGGUCGGAGGCACGUGGGUGGAAAUGGAUGGCAACUUGCCGUCUGGGGAAUCUAUGGUCAGACAGUUUCUAUACGGACAGAACUUCUUCAAGGAUGAAUUUGGACAUUAUUGUAAAGAGUUCGGGCUGCCAGACACGUUUGGUUACUCAGCACAGCUGCCUCAAAUCAUGAAAGGAUGUGGGAUUUCUCGUUUUCUUACUCAAAAGCUAAGUUGGAACCUUGUUAACACAUUCCCGCAUAACACGUUCUUUUGGGAAGGUAUUGAUGGGUCGCUGGUUCUCACUCAUUUUCCUCCGGGUAACUCCUAUGAGAUGAAGGGAAAAGUGGAAGAUCUGAUUAACACGGUAAAGAACAAUAAAGACAAGGGACGAGCCAAUCACAGUAUGGUAUUGUUUGGUUUCGGAGACGGGGGUGGUGGCCCCACACAACUUAUGCUGGACCGUCUACAACGUGUUCGCGACACUGAUUGUCUGCCAAAGGUCCAGAUGUCAAGUCCAGAUGUCCUGUUCUCUCAGCUGGAAUCAGACUCAUCCCUCCUCUGUACGUGGGUUGGCGAGCUCUUCCUUGAGCUACAUAAUGGCACUUACACCACACAAGCAAAGAUAAAAUUGGGAAACCGCCAAUGUGAAGCUUUGCUUCAUGACAUUGAGGUGGCUAGCUGUCUGGCCUUGUGUAAAAAAGUUGGCUUCAAAUACCCAACAGGCAAACUUCAAGAGCUGUGGAAAUUGCUUCUGCUCAAUUAGUUCCAUGACGUGAUUCCUGGCAGCUGUAUUGAGAUGGUAGUUGAGGAUGCUUUACAGUACUAUGACGAGAUACGCACCACAGGGUCAAGACUUCUUCUUGCUGCUUGUGAAUAACUGGGAUCCACUCCUGGGAAAGAUGCAGGAUCCAGCAUAGCUGUGUUGAAUACUUUACCUUGGGAAAGAACUGAAGUUAUAUCACUGCCAGCGGAGGACACUCAAACAAGAUUAGCCUUGGUGAAAGUACCUAGCGUGGGCGUAGCUCAAGUCACAGAGACGGCAAAGCCUAAGGACUCCGUUUCUGUCACAAUGACGGUAGAUGGGACUAUUAUUAUGGAGAAUGGUCUUUUGAAGGCCACAGUAGACCAAACGGGUCGUUUGAUAUCUCUGCUUUUGCUUCAAGCAAACAGGGAAACCAUUUCUGAGGGUUACCUCGGGAACCAGUUUGCAUUGUUUGAUGAUGUGCCUCUGUAUUGGGAUGCCUGGGAUGUGAUGGACUACCACCUUCAGACAAGAAAGCCUGCAGUUGAGGUCAUUGAGCCUGCCAAAGUGGUCAGAUCAGGGGGACUUCAGGGCAGCGUAUCCUUCUCGCUAAAAAUUAGUGGAAAAAGCACUAUUAAACAGGAGAUUCUUCUGGAUGCUUGCUGCCCCUAUAUCAAAUUCAACACGCAGGUGGACUGGGAAGAGUCACAUAAGUUUCUGAAGGUGGAGUUCCCUGUGCAGGUGCACAGCCCAAAUGCUACUUAUGAGAUCCAGUUUGGACACUUGCAGAGGCCCUCUCAUAGAAACACAUCCUGGGACUGGGCUCGCUUUGAGGUGUGGGGACACAAAUGGGCUGAUCUGUCUGAGCAUGGCUUUGGCGUGGCUCUUCUUAAUGACUCCAAAUAUGGCUACUCGAUCCAUGAAAACAUCAUGACCUUGUCCCUAUUGCAUGCUCCAAAAGCACCAGAUGCCAAUGCAGAUAUGGGUAGUCAUAAUUUUACCUAUGCCUUGAUGCCACACACAGGCCUCUUCCAGGAUGCUUCGGUUAUCCAGUACGCCUACAACCUGAACUUCCCGCUCCACGUCUUUCAUGGCGUCAUUGCUGAACCCUGGAGUGCAUUCUCUGUAAACUGUCCUGCUGUCAUCCUGGAGACCAUAAAACAGGCAGAAAGCAGAGAGAAUGCCCUACUUAUUCGCCUCUAUGAGUCUCACGGAAGCAGCGUGACUAUGACUUUGUCAACUUCCCUUCCCAUGCAAGAAGCAUGGCAUUGUGAUCUCCUGGAGCGUCCUGAUUCCAGUAUUCCUGUGUCAAAGACCUCCUCUGGAAUAACCUUAACGUUCAAACCCUUUCAGAUCAGAUCUCUCCUCUUAAUUAUACAGUGAUCCAUUUAAUUGCAAAUCGAUUAUGAUGGUACUUGAAUCACUUGUUUUCCCCAAGUAGCUGA